AGCAGCUCUUGUCCACCGAGCGAGAAAAAGAACGGAAAAGAGAAUUCCAGCUGAAAAAGAGAGAACUAACGGAGGGCGAGAAAUAGCAUGGCCGUCUAGCUAUGUGACAGACUGAGACCCUUUGGAAAAUGGGAUUUUUGCCACGCGGAGAAAGAGACGUACGAGGUUUUUAGGUCGCUUUGAGUUGUGCAUUUGCAUUUAGGUUGAGAACAACAUCCCUGGCGAAGGACAAUCAUCAAACAUAUUGAGGGAUCAGAGGUGAUUGUGGAUGGAGGGUUCUGGCAGUCCUCGCUUCAGAAAACUCCAUUUCCCUGUGGGUCUGUGGAUCAAUUCCCCCAGGAAACACUUUGCCAAGCUAGGAGGUCGCUGGCCCAGCGCCGCCUCUGUCAAGUCGACCACCAGCUCUGACGCAGCCUCCCUCCACGAGGCCCCCUCUGCCCCUUCCUCUUCCCUAUCUGCCUCCACCCCCUCCCUGGCUUCCCCUGCCCCAUCCCCAUCUCCUUCCCCAGCCUUCCUCAGGCCGCGGCCUGCAGGGCCCCAGUCUCGCACCAAGCGCCUUUCCCAUCUCUUCCUGCGAGGGCGCUCUAACAGUGACCGGGACCGGGCGGUGGGGGAGAAGGAGAGAGAGGUUUGGGCUCAUUCUGCUGCACCUUCGUCCCACCACUACCUGCCUCCAGCCUCCUCCUCAGCCCCAGGAUUGAUCAAGAUCUACGGGGAUGCUCUCUCCAGUGGGGCCAACUAUCGCUCCCUCCUGGCCAGCGUCCACUCCACAGCCAAACAGCUCAUCGCUCAGGUCAUCACCCGCUACACUGAGAGAGAGAGGGAGGAGACAGAUGACGCAGUUCUCCAGAAACACAGCCCUGAGGACUUCCUGUUGUGUGAUGUCAUUGGAAAGCCCAUCCAGCAGCCAGAUGGAGCCAUCCAAUGGGAGACGGAAUGUCGGAGAAGCGUGGCCCCAUGGGAAUGUCCCUUGUUGUUAGUGGACAUGUGGCGGCCUAAGGAGGGAUUUGAGCGCCGCUUUGAAAUCCAGAGAAAGGAAGACUAUGAGAGAGAGGAGCGGGAGCGAGAAAAGGAGCGAGAGAGGGAGGGAGAACACUAUCAAGGUGUUCGCUGGAGGCGGAGCAGAAUGUCGUCAGGGGGCGGAGCAGAGGAGGGCGAGCGAGGUCACCGUGGGAGGAACACAGAGCUCAGGAGGAGCAUCAGCGACAUGAACCUCAGCCUGCGGCGUCGCCAAGGCAACCAUGUCACUAAUGACCCUCGUGGCUCUGGCAAAGUCCCAAACAACAGUGGAGGGUUGCAGGACCGGAAGAACAUUGUGAGCAUGAUCACGCCACAGCCAGGAGAGAUCAGAGCGUCAAAGACUGAAGGUAAGGUGGGAUGGACAAACCAGCCAAAGGAAGACGAGAAGGACUACUCCAGCUGUGACCUGGAAGUGAUGUCACAGAGCUUGAUCCUUCCACCCACAGACCGGCCCUACUUCCUGUUGCUGCAGGGUUAUGAUCAGAGCAAGGAUUUUGUUUUGUACAUUAUGACGGGGCAUACGCAUGUGUUUGGGAGAAAGCCCACAAUGAGGGAGAGAGAGAAGGACAGAGAAAGAGAAAGGAAGGGGAAGAGGCCGCUGAAGGUGGACACGUUCCUCUCUGCCCCUGAUCUCUUGGCCAGACACCUGUUGAUCAGAAGAGACUCGGUUGUUCCCGAGACACCGUCUGGACAAGCUCUGAUGCGACCCUUCAGAGGAGGGGCAGUCACACACAACGGGGUGACCGUCUACAGGGAGACAGUUCUGAAGCCUGGGGAUGUGAUUGGACUGGGGAGCCACUUCCUCUUCCUGUACCGUGACCCCCGUGUGACCCCAGCUCCGCCACUGGCACUGGCCCUGCCAUGGCAGGCCGAUGCCCCCUCCACCUGCUGCCCGUCGGGGCUGGUGGACAGACAGGAAGCAUUAAGACAGUACCUGGGAUCGACCGAGGCACUUCUGAAGUUUCAUCCCCGACAUGCGGAUGCCCUGUUACAGGAGGUUAUCUCCAAGAAUUCAUCACCAGACUCUGGAGGAGGACCUUUAGCUCCUGCCUACCUCCUGUCAGUCAUGAUCGAUCAUGCCUCCAAGCACCUUGAUCCUGCUCUCACACCGCAGAUAUUACUCAAGGCAGCCAAUCUAAUCAAAGGAAUCGUCUGGGAUAACAUUAAGGAAUUUGGGGAUAAGCAUCCCACGCAAAAUUCCACAGAGCAAGACAGUGAGAUCAGCACACCCAAUGUCCAGAAGCUUUCAUCUGACCUCCGACCCCUGAUGUUCUGGAUGUCAAAUGCCACGGAGCUCCUUAACUUCUUUCAGGUCAAAGUUGAGGCCAUGGAAAAGGAGUGGGAGUUUGAAGCCCCUGGGGAUCCAGUUUUGACAGCCGAUAUGGACACCUGCUCAGAGGCCCUGGCACAGCUGGAUGAUGUCAUCAUGCACACCUUCCAGCAGUGUGUGUAUCACCUCACCAAGACCCUGUACUCGCUCCUGCCAGCCCUCCUGGACACCAACCCAUUCUCCAAUGAGGAAAAAGAGAAGGAAAAAGACGGAUCACGGGAUGCAGAGGGAGAAGAAAGAGGUGGAGAGGAAGGAGAAGUGGAUGAUGUGUCCUCCUUGCCCCCCACAGUAGCAGGGCUGGUAGAUGUGUAUCGCUGCUCCUUGAUGCUGUCACGGGAGGCAUGCCUGUCCCCGCCCCUCACCUCCCAAACCUUUGGCUACCUCUUCUUCUUCACCAACACCUCCCUGCUCAAUACUCUGCUGGAGAGAGAUGGGCUAUUCUCGUGGUCCAGAGCAGUCCAGAUCCGUACAAACCUGGACCUGGUUCUGGAUUGGCUGCAGGGAGCAGGAUUAGGAGACAUUGCCUCUGAGUUCCUGAAGAAACUGUCAGUCACCGUCAACUUCCUGUGUGUGCCCAAGACCCGACUAAUCCAGUCAUCCUGGUCCAGUCUACUGGAGGAACAUGCCUUGUUAAGCCCGGCCCAGUUGCACCACCUUCUCACCCACUAUAAACUGGGACCAGCGAGGGCCCCACCUGCCUCCUGGGCUCCUCCUCCAGGCACAGAGCUGAAUGGAGACAUCUUUGAGAGCUUCCUGGACCAUCCUCCUCUUAUCUUGCCUAAUGAGACUCCACGGCUGGACCUCUCCCAGCCAAUCCCAAGCCCUGACCUCCAGAAGGAAAUGACACGCCUCCGCACGUUCUUGUGGGGACUCGACCAGGAUGAGCUCCCAGCCAAUCAGAGGACUAGGCUUUGAAAAAGCCAGAAAUGUGUCUCAUUAUGGAUGUCACGUAGAAGUUAACAGGAUAUUUCUGAUACAUCAAACUCCACACCUAUGAAACCGCAGACUGGACAUGUUUGCUACAUGUUUUAAAGGCCAUCCAUUUCCUAAAUACCCCCUCCCCUUUUUUUUCUUUGUUAAUAAAAUCAUGAAAGUGACAUGAAGUUUGUAA